AUGGCUAUUAAAAAAGUAGACUAUUCACUUUACCUUGUUACAGAUCGUUCACUUGUGCCUGAAGGCAAGACUUUUCUCGGUCAAAUAGAACGUGCACUUGAAGGAGGUGUCACGAUUGUUCAACUACGUGAAAAAGAUACUGAGACAGGACCAUUUAUCGACUUUGCUCUUAAAGUCAAAGCCUUGACUCGUAAAUAUGGCGUACCUCUCAUUAUCAACGAUAGGCUGGAUGUAGCUCAAGCUGUGGAUGCGGAAGGGGUUCAUAUCGGUCAAGACGACAUGCCUUUGACUCAGGCUCGACACAUUCUAGGUCCUAAAAAGAUUAUUGGUGUUUCUUGCAAUACAGAACAAGAAGCUGUUACUGCUAUUCGUGACGGCGCUGAUUAUCUCGGUAUUGGUGCUGUCUGGUUCACAUCCACUAAAAAAAACAUUAAGCAACCUUUAGGUGUUGAAGGCGUACAACGUAUUUUGAGAUCCAUUGAAGCCAAUCCUAUUCCUACAGUGGCUAUUGGUGGUAUCAGUGCUAAAAAUGCAUGUGAGUUGCUUGAAGGAUCUCAUACGGGCAAGAUGUAUACAGACGGCCUUGCUAUUGUAUCUGCUAUCAUGGCAGCACAAGAUCCUAAAUUGGCAUGUGAAGAAUUACUCGGUUUAAUUCGCCACAGUUUUGAAAAGAUGGGUGUCAAGGCCAACACUACAGUAGAUGAUGCUGUGACUUAUGCGAUACAGGCAGCCAAGAACAUCAAGGCAAAGACGCCUAUGGUACAUCAUAUCACGAAUUAUGUUGUCAUUAACGACAAUGCCAAUGCUACACUGGCUGUAGGUGCAUCUCCCAUCAUGUCAACCAAUGCACAAGAACUCCGCGAUCUUGCUGCUGUCAAUGGUGCUAUGUUACUCAACAUGGGUACAUUGAAUGAUAUCGAUUUCAUGAUUUCAGCAGCCCAAGUCAAUGCAAGUCACAAAAACCCUGUCAUUUUAGAUCCUGUGGGCUGUGGUGCCACUCAAUUCAGGAAACAAACACUGACUCGAUUCUUGAAUGAGUGUGAUUUGACAGUGAUUAAGGGCAACGCAGGUGAAAUUCUAUCCAUGUCAGGAUUUGGAGGUAAAUCAAGAGGUGUUGAUUCAGUAGGCACACAUGAAGAGCAAGUGAUGGUGAGUGCAGUCAAACAGUUAGCAAGAGAAAACAAUUGUGUGAUUGGGUUAACGGGUCCGGUGGACUAUGUCUCGGAUGGUCAUCGUGUGUUUGCUAUAGAGAAUGGUGAUCCUUAUUUACCCUUGAUCACAGGCAGUGGAUGCAUGGUCUCGUCUGUGGUUGCUUGUUUUACUGCAGCCAAUCGUGAUGAUUAUCUCUUGGCUACAGUGGCCGGUAUCUUGACAGUGACUGUGGCAUCUGAAUUGGCAGCCAAGCGUGAAUAUGUGCACGGUCCUGGUACUUUCCGUGCUGCUCUGAUUGAUGAGCUCUACAAUGUCACUAAUUCACCCGAACUCCUUCAAAAGUAUGCUAGAAUCCGUGUAAUUCAAUAA